AUGUCUGCCUCGUUAGCACCCGAAUGCAAUGAAGUCAAGGAGCGCUACGACACAUGCUUCCUGAAAUGGUACAGCGAAAAGUACCUGAGGGGCACCGGCACGGACAACAAUGAGUGCGCCGACUUGUUCAAGAACUACCAAAAGUGCCUGACGGUGGCGUUGAAGGAACGCGGAAUAGACAAGCUUCUGGACGAGGCACGGGAAGACAGCAAAGAGAGCGACGCGACGUACUUGGGUCGCAAAUCCCGCAGCCGCAAGACCACCUCGAGUCCCUCCUCCGAACCCCCAAGCGCACAGCAAUCAGCUUGGCGACAAGCCUCGGCAUGCACCACCCGAGGGAAUAGCGAUUCUAUGCACCCCCUCUCCGUCCUCAGCCUUGGGAUCUUCGUAGCAGGCUACAUCACCGCCCGAUGGGAUCUGGUUACUCGCCUCUAUGAGCUUGCCAUCUUUGCUUGGAACUACGGAGUCGUGACCCGCGCUGCCAAAGGCUUUGCGCUUCUGACCUUUGUAUUCCUCCUCGUCUUUAUUCCCGUGGAACGCUUGGCCACGAGGGAGUCGAACCUGAAUGAUGGAUUAAUGAGGAUAUUCUGGCCGACGGACAUCCAGCGCUCCGACCUGCCUGGCGUUGUCGUGGGAUGGAGGAACUCGAGCCUAGACGUCUUCGUCGUAGCCAUCCUUGACGAUGUCGAUGUCAGCACACUCCAAUACCUAGACCGACGAAAUGGACACCAAUUGACGAAGCAACAGGCCGGCCAUGUCGAAUUCGCCCUGAAGGCGGGAACCCUUUUUCGCAACUCCCCGCACCCUGUCAACAGCAUCUACGAGCGAUGCGGCCACGGAGCUAUGCAUGUCUUGGGCCUCACCAAUCCGAGUGAUGCGGUGGUCCUGGACCCAUCCUUGUUUGUUGCGACGACCCCAGCCAAUGCGAAGGCACCUCGAAUCACUUGCGCCAGAGCUCUAAGCAUACAGAUUAUCCUAUACGACCGACCGCGCCCCAGCCGGAUGCAAUACAUCUCGUUGAACCCCAUCUCUCUUGCGCUCGGCAACAAGGAGGCACCGGGCCUACCCCCGACAGAACACAUGGCGGAGGAGGAGAAACACGAGUUGAAGAAAAAGGAACAAAAGAGGAAGCUGGUGGAAAAGUUGAAGCAACACACCAUUGUCAAGCGGUCUCCGUCACCGAAGGAGAGAGCUUUGCCGAAAAUCGUGAACCAGAUCAACUGGUCCUGGGAGCUCGAACAACUGUUGCAGAAGAACAUUUCUCGAAUUGGCACCAGGCCUAAGCGGACCCUGAGCGUCUCGGAACGAGUGGUGGAACAAGCGACAACGAUGCGGAAUUUUGUGUGGGAUCUCUUCAUCCUCUACCUCCUCCCGCUGAUACAGUGGGGCUUCGUCUACAUGCUCAUGGGCCACAGAGCGGUUGCUGAGUUUCUGCUUCAGAUCUUGGAGUUCAGGUUGAAGGACAAUUACCUGGCGUUGAAGGAUAUCUCGGCGACGGCGCAGCAGGUGGAAAUUCGGUUGCAGCAAUUCUGCUAUUGGCCAAUGCAGUACACGACGCUGCGACAGCGCAAAAACGACUGGGAGAGCGUCACGACAAGCCACCCGGACUACAUUAGGUUCUACAACAGCCUGUGGCUCGUCGCCAACGACGUCAUCAUCGGCAUCGCUCUGGGGUCGUACAUAAUCGAUAAUGCGGAAUGGGUCGCCAACGCCAUCAGCGAGCUCCUCAGCAAGUACACGGUUCAAGCGCUUCAACGCAGCAUCUCAUGGUUGAUGGGAUGGCCGGCCGGAUUGAAGCUGAACAGCGAGUUGGCUAUGUUCCUCGGUGACCUCUUCCUUUGGGUCAUUGACUAUUGGUCCAACUGCAUCGUCACCCUCCAACCAGUGCUUCCCCACAUCAUCUGGUUCAUCGGCUUCUCAAGCUUCGCCGGCGCCAGCAUGCCCAUCGCCAUGUUUUCCGACCUCCUUUCCGCCCUCACCGUCCACAUCUACUCGUUCUACCUCGCAUCCGCCCGCAUCUACCACUGGCAACUGACGAUACUCAUCUCGCUCUUCCACCUCUUCCGCGGCAAGAAGCACAAUGUCCUCCGUAACCGUAUCGACUCGUGCGACUACGACCUGGACCAGCUGCUUGUCGGCACCAUCCUCUUCACCCUGCUCUUCUUCCUCCUGCCAACGGUGGUCGUGUUCUACCUGAACUUCGCCAUCGCCCGCAUGGUCAUCAUCUCCCUCAAAGCUGUCUUUGAUACGCUUCUUUCUUGUUUAAACCACUUUCCCCUUUUCGCGCUGAUGUUACGGGUCAAAGACCCUCGACGACUUCCAGGCGGCAUUCGUUUUGAACUUCGAGAUACCCAUGAUUAUAGACUUAAUAAUACUUCCAACGAACCACCCACGUCCGUCAUCUACCUCAAGUCCAUCCCCCUCACCUUCCGCGCAAUGUUCCACCAGUACUUCCAAAUGGGCAACCGCAUCCGCAAGCACUACCUGUCUCCGCAGGUGCUACUCUGCCUCCUGACAGGCCGCUUCGUGCCCCCGCUCAACCGCAAGAACCUGUACAGCCUGCAGUACAGCAUGCUGCCCGCGCGCAGGGCCGGCAUCCGUCAGAUGUGGGACGCCAUCACGACCGUGCAGCCCUCGAGGAAGCCCGUUCCGUUCGCGAUGAACGGGCGAAGGGCUCGGAGGCGGCGGCAGGACGAGCCUCAAAUCAUCAUCCACCCCCGUCUCCUGAUCCGCGUACCCAAGACAUUCUCCGCCGGCCCCCGGAUCCCGCCUCGCAACCUCCGCCCGCAGACCCGCCGGCUCGGUGACGGUGUACGGGUGCCCGUUCCAGAGGCCGAAGAGCAGGCCGUUGCAUGUCGCCACGCGGGCCUGCUCGGCGCGCAGCGUGAUGGGCUCGGGGCCGUAGAGGGCGGUGAAGACGUCGGUGAUGGCGGCGAGGGCGGGCAGGCCUGGCCCCGGGAGGGUGGUUGUCGUGGAGGCGGUGCAGGUCCAGUAGGAUGGGGCGGAGCGGGCGGUCGGGGCGGAGUGGGAGGUGAGGGAGGGUGGGAGGAGGAGGUCUAUGAGGGGGAGUUUCUGGGGGUGUUAGAUGGGUUUGCCGGU